AUGCGAGCUCGGACUGGCAGCGGGGACCGGGAGCAUCAUGGCAGCCACGGCAUCAAAGCCGCAGGCAAAAGAACUGAAGAAGCCUUGAAAGAGGUGGGUGAGUCUGUGAACGAAGUUUUCAAGGACAUGAAGGAACAGUUUAGCAAAUUCACCAGGCCAAGCUGGUUUGGUGGCUCCUCAAAGGAGACACCCGCUCAGCUAGCCAAGCCCGUAGCCGGAGGGCAGGAAGCGCAUGCUCAUAAUGCUCAUGCCCAUGACCCGCAUCCGGAAGAUGACACGACGAUGCGGCACCAUUGUGCUGCCUUGGAACGUUUGGUGGAGAUGGGCCUUUCCCCGCAGGCUGCCAAAGUGGCAGUUCGCCGAUUGGACAGUUGGCUUGUCAGCGAGGAUGGUCGUGCCGAGAUGGCCGCAGCAGAAGCAGAGGCCUUUAGUGCGGGCGAGCCCAUCUUACAUGUCCACGACCAGGUGCGACUUGAAGGUCUCAUCAAAAACAAAGGUUGGGCAUUCUACAGGCCUAUGGCGCAGAAAGCCAUCGCUGGAAGGUUACUCUUCACGAUGGUCUUUUGGAUAAAGCCGAAGCUUCUGCGACCUUUGCAGCUUCGACGCAUGCCAUUGCCAGAUCCAUCGCCUCCUGAAGAUACCACUCACACAGAGGAGGCACAGCCACGGCAUGCCACGGCUGUGGUGGGCUGA